AUGGGGUUUCCUUUCGCGCUUCUGCCUCCGCCCGCCGCCGUCGCCUCGAUCGGCAUCAGCGGCUCACCCUCCGGCAGCCGCACCUUGAUCCUGCGCCCCGCUUUCGACGACCUAAUCCUCCGCGCCGCCGCCACCGCUGCCGUUGCCACGUCACUGCAGGCUAUGGGGCUGCAUUUGCGAUUAUGGCAGGAACAUUGCAUAGAUCCGCUUCUCUCCCAUCGUCAGCUGGAGGUUUUCCAAAUAAUGGAUGGUAUAGUUGGGAAAGGAAGCAGUGAAUCUCCUUUGAAAACUCGAAGUAAUGAUGCUUCAUUGGAAAUGGGAAGCAGUAAAACUUCUGCUGAGACAAAAAACAAGAUAAAGGGCAAGAACAACCCCUGCCUGAUUGGAGAGCCAGGUGUUGGAAAAACAGCAGUAGUGGAAGGCCUUGCCCAGCUCAUUGCCAUGGGGAAUGUUCCAGAAACAAUGCAAGGGAAGAUUAUCUGUGUUGAUAUGGGACGUCUUGUAGCUGGAACAAAAUACCGUGGAGAGUCUGAAGAAAGGUUAAAGAAUCUUUUGGAAGAAAUCAAGCAGUUAGGAGCAGGAGCAGCAGUAGAAGGUGCUAUUGAUGCUGCCAACAUUUUGAAGCCAACACUAGCAAGAGGUGAACUUCAGUGUAUCGGAGCCACUACAACUGAUGAAUACAUGAAACAUAUUGAGGAAAGACCCGGCAUUGGAGAGGCGUUUCCGACAGCACUAAGUGCAGCUGCGGAGCUCUCACAUAAGUAUAUCAGUGAUCGUUUUCUUCCAGACAAGGCCAUUGACUUGAUUGACGAAGCAGGUUCCCUAGUCAGAUUACGACAUGCCCAGCAGAGGCUACCUAAGGAACUUGAAGAUUUUGAAACAGAGAUCAAGAAAAUCAUGAAGGAGAAGUGUGAUGCUAUCGGCAUCGAGAACUUUAAAAUGGCGAAGGAGCUUCGCGAUCGUGAACUGGAGCUCAAGUCCCAGAUGACAACCCUGAUCGGCAACGACGAGGUGAGUCCUGGCAUGUGGGCGGUGCCAGUGGUCACCAAAGCAGACAUCCGCCACAUCGUCUCGCUCUGGACCGGCGUGCCCGUCCACGAACUCUCCACCGACGAGACGGCCAAGCUGCUGAGGAUGGAGGAGGCCUUGCACGGGCGCAUCAUCGGCCAGCACGAGGCCGUGACGGCGGUAAGCCACGCCAUCCGGCGCGCCCGCGUCGGGCUCAGCGACCCGCGCCGGCCGAUCGCGAGCUUCGUGUUCGCCGGGCCGACCGGCGUCGGCAAGUCGGAGCUGGCGGCCUACUACUACGGCUCGGAGGACGCCAUGGUGCGGCUGGACAUGAGCGAGCUGAUGGAGAAGCACGCGGUGGCGAAGCUGGUCGGCGCGCCCCCGGGCUACGUCGGGCACGGCGAGGGCGGGCAGCUAACGGAGGCCGUGCGCCGGCGACCGCACACGCUGGUACUCCUCGACGAGGUCGAGAAGGCACACCCGGAGGUGAUGAACGUCUUGCUGCAGGUCCUGGUCGACGGCCGGCUCACGGACGGUAUGGGGAGGACAGUGGACUUCACCGACACGCUCAUCAUCAUGACGUCCAACAUCGCCGGCAGUGGUGGCGCGAACUGUGGCGGACACGGAGAUGGAAGCAGCAAUAAGGAGGUGGUGGAGGAGGAGAUGAAGCGCUACUUCCGGCCCGAAUUCCUGAACCGGCUGGACGAGACGAUCGUGUUCAGGCCGCUGACGAGGCUCGACGCCAAGGAGAUCGCCGCCGUCAUGGUGAACGACGUCGCCGCCCAGUGCGCUUUACUUUUUUCCCCAUUUGCUGACUUUAGUUUUUUCCCCACAAGUUUCGCUGGGUUGAGGAGAACCAUGCCGGACGUGAAGCCUGCUGCUGCCGCUGCCGCCGUCACCAAGGCGGCGGCUGGUGACUUGCCUUCUCCUGCUGCUACUCCUGCUCCUGCGCCGGCGGUGGCCAACAGCAAUGGGACGCCGCAGAAGCCGCCUCCUAUUCCAGCCGCCGCCUUCGACAUGCCCAAGCCAAACCUUCGGGGUCUUAACAAGCCCAAGUGCAUCCAGUGUGGUAACGUCGCCCGUUCCCGGUGUCCGUUCCAGUGUUGCAAGAGCUGCUGCUACAAGGCCCAGAAUCCUUGCCACAUCCAUGUUCUGAAGCAGACCAACACAUUGCCGGAUAAGCCAUCUCCUGCUACUGCUCCUGCAACAGAACAGCCAUCUACCAAUUUACCCGCAACCAGUUCAGCAUCAAGGCUGGCUGCCUUGCAAAAGCUUCCCCAGCAUUUUCUGAAGUCUCUCCAAACAAAGAAGUCGCUUACCAAAAAGGAUGUUGUGGGUAUAAACAAGUGGAGGUUUAUGAAGCUAAAGGAACAUAUGCAAGGAGAUAUCGAUGCUGAAAAUGAAGCAUAUGAGAGGUAUACACAGAAUGUUGGGUUACUGGAGGAAACAUUCUGUCCCAUGGAAGAUGCUGAUGUUGAGCAAGAAGCUGAAGCAACUUCUUCAGAAGAAGAAAGGAUGGACUUGCUGGUUUCUGAGGCAAAGGUGAGGUUGAAGUCAGAUAACGAAACUGCUGAUAGCUUCAAGGAGAGGGUUGCGACUAUCUUGGACCAGAAGCUGAAGAAACUGCUUGAGAGUCAAAGCGCCAAUGAGGAUGACAAACCAUCUGAUCCAAAUCAGGAUGAUCAUCCAAGCCCAAUGAAAUUUAGCACAGAGCAGAAGAUGGAGAGAACCACAAAACUGAACGAGCUGCUUGGUAAGCUGACAAGAGCACGGAGCGAGGACGAUCUGAAGCCUUACCGUGAUCUUAUUGAGCAGCUGUUUGGAAAGGAGAAUGGUUCCCCUAUGGACAAGCCAGACAGAAUGGAGACGGAGCCGGGCGAUCAAGAGCCAACUGCAGCAGUAGCACGGCCUUAUUCCAUCCCAAACUUGUGCACUAGGAUGGAGGUUGAUGAGGACUUCGCCUCAAAGAUCAAUGAUGAAUUCUCCUCGUUGAGUCAGGUGGUGCAGCUAUGA